AUGAGUGGUCAGAUACCUUCAGAGAUAUGCCAGCUGAGCUAUCUGCAGAUAUUGGAUCUCGCCAACAAUAAACUUUCAGGCGUAAUACCGAGGUGUAUUCAUGAUUUUACUGCAAUGGUUAUGAAGAGGAGUUUGUCAGAUCUAUACACACUGUAUGGAAAUGAGAAAUUAUGGUACUCUUACUCCGUUUUCAGUGCGGGAGGGUUCAGAGAGAGCGCGCUGGUAGUGAAAAAAGGCGGUAAACUGGAGUUCGACAACAUUCUUCCCUUGGUUACCAGCAUCGACCUUUCAGUGAACAGUCUGUCCGGAGAAAUCCCAAAUGAGUUAACAAGUUUGUCGGAGUUGGGAUCCUUAAACUUGUCGGGGAAUCAGCUGACCGGUUUGAUCCCCAAGAAUAUUGGAGAAAUGAAGCAGUUGGAAUCUCUCGAUCUAUCAAGAAACUCCCUUUAUGGUCGAAUUCCCAGAAGCCUUGCAUCCAUAUCUGGUUUGGGUUAUCUCGACUUGUCUUACAACAACUUAACAGGAAGGAUUCCAGAGGGCACGCAGCUCCAAAGCUUCAACGCUUCAAGCUUCGUCGGUAACCAUCUCUGCGGCCUGCCAUUGACAAGCAACUGCAGUGAAGGAGGAAUUAAAGAGAUGAAUGAGGAAGCUGCAGAGGUUGAGUGGUUUUAUGUGCUGCUGUCUUUGGGUUAUGCUGUGGGAUUUUCAGUGGCUUGCACAGCAUUAGUGUUGAAGAAGAGGUGGAGAUAUGCAUAUUUUGGAUUGAUAGAGUGGAUGUGGAUUAGACUCACAACAUCUACAUAG